GACAUUUGUUUACGCGUGUUAUUCUUUGGGCAGUCUUUGAGGUUAAAUAUCUUUGACAAACCCUCGGCAACAGUAGAUGUAGGUAAGAAGCGGUGCGGCAGUAUUUCGAGGAUGGAGGAGAUAUUGAAAAAGCUGCUGGUGUCUGAGAGUGCUGUCAUUAAGGAGGGCAGCAAAGAACUGAAAGAGGCUUUUAAGCAACCGGACGUUAUACCACUUUUAUGUAAUGUUGUCGGGUCAUCAGACAAUCCUCAAAUACGUCAAUAUGCUGCCGUAUUGCUUAGGAAGAGGCUUGGACGAAGGAGACAUUGGAUGAAAUUACCAGAGGAUCUGAGAAAUAAGAUCAAACAAGGUAUACUGGAGACUUUGGUCAAAGAACAGCAGAAAAGUGUGAAGACGUCCAUUGCACAAUUUGUUGGAAUCCUGGUGAAACAUGAGCUACCAAACCAGAGCUGGCCCGAAGUCCUGCAGUUUAUUCAGCAGCUGUGUUCUAGUGAAAACUAUGCAGAUAAGGAACUUGGGAUGUACACCCUCAGUGUUAUCACGGAAAUCUCUGCGGACCAAUUUCUUAACCAUGGACGACACCUGGCCUUCUUAAUUAUGAAUAUGAUGAACAAUGAAGAUUUGGGGUCUCAAGUUGUUUAUUACACACUUUUGACAAUGAUUCAUGUUUUGCCAAUUUUUGAAGGUGAUGUUGAAAUGAUGGGUACUUACCAAAAACUCAUGCCAAGAAUUCUGCAAUCCGUUGAAGUCUUUGCGCGUACUGAUGAAAACAAGGCUUGUGAGGUUAUGGAGCUAUUUGAUUUAUUAACAGAGACUGCAAUAACAGCAAUUAUUCCAUUUAUUAAACCACUUGUUGAAAUGUGUCUUAACUUCUCCUGCAAUCAGGAGUUGGAUGUCACAUUGCGUGUCAAAGCAAUCAACUUAAUAGGAUGGAUAACUAGAUUAAAGAAGAAGGCUAUAAUAAAAUAUAAACUGAUACCAUCUAUAGUGAAUACACUUUUCCGGUUGAUGUGUCUUCCACCUGAUGUAGAUGAAGUGGAUGAUUGCUUCAUUAUUGAUGGCGAAUCAAAUACGCCAGUUACUUGUGCUACACAAACUUUAGAUGUGUUGGCUCUCCAUUUACCACCAGAAAAACUGUUCACUCCUUUGAUGGAAUUUGUUCAGCCGGGUCUUGAAGGAGAAAACAUAUUUGCAAAAAAAGCAUCCUAUCUUGCUCUGGCUGUUGUUGCUGAAGGCUGUGCUGAAUAUAUAAGAAAUAAAUACUUGAAAGUGUUCCUGCAGUUCAUUUGCAAGGGUAUAACGGAUGAAACACCUGUCGUCAGAAAUGCUGCACUAUAUGCAUUGGGACAAUUCUCCGAACAUCUUCAGCCUGAUAUAAGCCAGUAUGCAUCAGACUUGCUGCCUGUUUUGUUUGAGCACUUAGGCCAAUUGUGUGUGCAGUUGCAGCAAAGUGGGAAAGAACCACCAGGUCUAGAUAGGACUUUCUAUGCAUUAGAAAUGUUUUGUGAAAAUUUGGAGCAAGAAAUACUACCUUACCUUCCCACACUAAUGGAAAGAUUGUUUGCAACAAUGGCAAAUACAAACCUACCUCAUGCACAUGAGCUAGUGCUAAGUGCUUUCAGUGCAGCAGCAAAUGCUGCCAAGGAGGGAAUGAUCCCAUAUUUUCCCAAAAUAACAGAAUGCUUAAGACUUUAUUUGACUGAUGAAAUAAAGGAAGAAAUUUCAUGCCAGGUUCAGGCAUUGGAUACAUUAGGUACAAUGGCACGAGCUGUGGGAGCAGAAAACUUUUUGCCACUAGCAGAAGAAAGCAUACAACUAGGUUUGAAAUUUGUUCAACAUAAAGAUGAACCUGAUUUAAGAAAAGCAGCAUUUGGUCUGUUUGCCUCUCUUGCAUCAAUUAUGAAAGAAGAAAUGCAUUCUGUGUUGCCUACUAUUGUAGAGAUUAUGAUGGAAUCCAUAAAGAGUACUGAUGGACUUGUGCCAACAUACAAAGAUGAUGAAAACGAUUUUCAAAUAUAUGAUUUAAGUGACACAGCAGAUGAGGAGGACAUUGAAAAUGAGUCAGGAGAUGAUGAUGAAGAUGAUGAUUUCCAAGACUAUACAGUGGAAAACUCCUAUAUGGAAGAGAAGGAAGAGGCUUGUUUGGCAUUGAGAGAGCUGGCUCUACACACAGGUCCUGCUUUCCUGCCGCACCUUGAAGGCUGUUUUGAAGAGGUUUACAAGCUCCUAAAUUACCCUCAGGAUGAUAUCCGCAAAGCAGCGAUUGAAACACUUUCACAGUUCUGCAUCAACUUCUCAAAGAUAGAUACACCAGCAGGAAAAGCAGCUUUGAUGAAAGCAUUAUCCAUGUUCGUUCCUAAGUGUGCUGAACUGAUUCGCAUGGAUGAAGAAAGGGAAGUAGUAACAACUGCCCUUGAAGCGUAUACUGAGUUAUUGAAGGAAGUAAAGCACCCUGUUCUGGAAGGAGAAGGGCAUAAAGAUGCCAUAAUUAAUUGCAUACAGGAUGUUAUGACUUUCAAGACGGAAUGUCAGGAUAAAGAUGACGAUGAUACAAAUAUAGCAGAUGAUGAGCCAGAUGCAGAACAAGAUGAACUUCUGCUGGAGUGUGCUGGUGAUGUUUUGCCAGCAUUAGCAAAAGCUAUGGAUCAGGAAACAUUUGCACAAUAUUAUGGUAUGCUGAUGCCACUUUUCCUGAAAAACACAAGGAAAAGAUGUUCAGCUUCACAACGUUCAUUCUCAGUUGGUACUUUGGCAGAAUGCUUGCCCGAAUUAGGACCGUACACCAAAGAGUUCGCACCACAGCUAUUACCAGUGUUCUUACAGCUCACAGAAGAUGAAAGUGAGGAAGUGCGCAACAAUGCAAUCUUUGGAGUAGGUGUGCUGUGCCAAUUUGGAAAGGAAGCUCUCUUUUCUCACUAUCAACAAAUACUGAUGGCUCUGUCAAAUGCUGUUGGAAAAGAGAAAUACCCGUGCACAUUAGACAAUAUUUGUGGCGCCUUGGCUAGGCUUAUCAUGACUAACAUUGAAGGAGUACCAGUUCAUCAGGUAUUUCCUGUAUUUGUGGAGUAUUUACCGUUAAGGGAGGAUUUUGAUGAGAACAAGACAGUGUACGAAUGCCUCUUGUACUUGUAUCAGCUAGGCCAUCCACAGCUGGUGGCACAUCUCGGUGCCCUUUUAGCAUCAAGUUUUCAAGUCCUACACAAAAAACAGGGCACCACAGAUACUUUGGAUCUAGUCAAAAACUUUGUGCACCAAGUGCACAGAGAUUUCCCACAAGAGUUCAAUACAACAUUAGCUGGUAUAUCUGCAGAGGUAGUAUCCUCUUUGCAAAUACCAUAAA